GCAGCCCCUGACGCCACGGCUGCACGCAGAGCGCUGACUCGUCGCCGUGCGCGGCCCCGCGAGCUGCGCGUUGACGUAAUACGUAACCUGGGGCGGGCGCACGCACGGUACGUGGUGGGGGCGGAGCUGGAGCCCGGCGGCAGCGGCGGCAGCACUGGUGGCAUGUGAGGGGCUCUCUUGCCAAGAAGGCAGCUCACAGCUCGGGGGCCCUCACAGGGGCAGAGGCACCAUCCCUUUCUGCAAGGACUCCAGCGUGGGUGGAUGCCAGAGGUCUCUGGAACAACACUUGUUACAGGCGGUGGGAGAGGCUCCGAACUAGUGCCUGCGUCCUGGUGGCAAAGACAGUAGCUCCGCACGCGGCAGGCUCCUAGAAAUACUGAUUUUCCAGCGCUCCCCCAAUGCGGGAUCAGGGAUGGACCCCACCUCACCCCUGUGAAGAGACCUUUCCUUCUCUCAACAAGCCAAAGGGAAUUCCUCUGCCUGGCCACGCAGGAGUCACCCUGCAACAAGACUUGUUUGGUGGGCCCCAGAGGGAAUCCCCGUUCACACAGCUGCCUUGUUACAGUGGCACUCGCAAAGCCUCUAAGAACUCGCCCUCCAUGUUCCAGCUGCUCUGAGCCCCAGAGCCCAAGCUGCUUGGUCUCACCUGACGGUCCUCUCGCCUGGUUCCCUUGCAUUCCUCCUCCCGCGGGCUGCUAGAAAAGGAUGUGAACUUUGGAAUGGAGUCUGUGACCAGCUGGGGACUCGGAGCAUGCAUGGGACUGUUGCUGAGUAGCAGGAGGACUGGCUGAUCGCUGUGGACAGCCCUUCUCUCCUGGCCCCAGGGUCGCAGGGCGUUGGCCUUGCCUGGGCCCUCCAUCAUGUUCCUCCUGCUCCCCUUUGACAGCCUGGUUGUUAACCUGCUGGGAAUCUCCCUGACCGUCCUCUUCACACUGCUUCUGGUUUUCAUCAUUGUGCCAGCCAUUUUUGGGGUCUCCUUUGGCAUCCGCAGGAUUUACAUGAAAACACUCUUAAAGAUUUUCCGGUGGGCGACGCUGAGGAUAGAGCGUGGUGCCAAGGAGAAGAACCACCCACUGUACAAGCCCUAUGUAAAUGGUAUCAUUGCAAAGGAGCCCACGUCCCUGGAGGAGGAGAUCAAAGAGAUCCGCCGGAGCGGCAGCAGCAAAGCCCUGGACACACCUGAGUUCGAGCUCUCUGACAUCUUCUACUUCUGCCGCAAGGGCAUCGAGACCAUCAUGGACGACGAGGUGACCAAGCGGUUCUCAGCUGAGGAGCUGGAGUCUUGGAACUUGCUUAGCCGGACCAACUACAACUUCCAAUACAUCAGCCUGCGCCUCACUGUGCUGUGGGGGCUGGGUGUGCUCAUCCGGUACUGCUUCCUGCUGCCACUCAGGAUUGCCCUGGCCUUCACAGGCAUCAGCUUGUUGGUGGUUGGCACCACAGUGGUGGGAUAUUUGCCCAAUGGAAGGUGGAAGGAGUUCCUGAGCAAGCACGUUCACCUGAUGUGUUACCGGAUCUGCGUGCGUGCCCUCACCGCCAUCAUCACCUACCAUGACCAGGAAAACAGACCCCAAAAUGGAGGCAUCUGUGUGGCUAAUCACACCUCCCCCAUUGACGUGAUCAUCCUGGCCAGCGAUGGCUACUACGCUAUGGUGGGUCAGAUCCACGGGGGGCUCAUGGGUGUGAUCCAGAGGGCCGUGAUGAAGGCGUGUCCCCAUGUCUGGUUCGAACGCUCUGAGGUCAAAGAUCGCCACCUCGUGGCCAAAAGGCUGACAGAGCACGUCCAGGACAAGAGCAAACUGCCCAUCCUCAUCUUCCCGGAAGGCACCUGCAUCAACAACACGUCUGUGAUGAUGUUCAAGAAGGGAAGCUUUGAAAUUGGAGCCACAGUCUACCCGGUAGCCAUCAAGUAUGACCCGCAGUUCGGAGAUGCCUUUUGGAACAGCAGCAAGUAUGGAAUGGUGACCUACCUGCUGAGGAUGAUGACCAGCUGGGCCAUCGUCUGCAGCGUCUGGUACCUGCCCCCCAUGACCAGGCAGCCUGAAGAGGAUGCUGUCCAGUUUGCCAACCGGGUGAAGUCAGCAAUUGCCAGGCAGGGAGGCCUUGUGGAUCUACUGUGGGACGGGGGCCUGAAAAGGGAGAAAGUGAAGGACACGUUCAAGGAGGAGCAGCAGAAACUCUACAGCAAGACGAUCGUUGGCAACCAUGAGGACCGGAGCCGCUCCUGAGCUCUCUGCCUGCACGCUGUCCCCGGGCCCAUCCGGAGUGCUCUGCCUCCAGUGCUGCCCCGGGCCCCUCUGGAGCCACGUUGUAUCCUGGGCCUCAGGCUGCUCCAGAGCUGCUCAGCCCACUCCUCCAUCCUCUGGCUCUGCCCCAGAGACACUUCGCUGCCUGGAGCCUGCAGGCCCUGAGUGGCUGCUGGCAAAGAUGCCUUCUUGUUACUGUUACAGCUCAGCCCGUUGCAGGGCCAGCAUUAAAUGGAACACUGACAGCUGUGCCGUGGUGUGCAGGCUCCAGUGGGAGGGGCUGAGGGUGCAAGUGGGUCAGUGCCAGGCUACUGCCAGCAGCUAGGAGAGGGGUCCCUGCUGCCACAGAUGCCUCAACAGCAGGAAGGGACCUUGUAGGCCUGACUUCUGAAUGGCACCUCAGAGCUGCGCAGCUUGGGCACAUUGCAUCGCCCUGUGCCCAGAUGGCUGCAGUGUAGGGGUUCCCUCCCCCAGUGCAGCAAUCCCCUAUGGCCCUGAAUGUGUCAGCCCCUCAAGCUCUAACCUUUCUGGGGGAAGCCAGGGGAUAGAGGGACCCACCUGCACUCAGAGCUGCUAUACCGAUACGUGCGCACCCCCCACCUCAGCUUCUUCCCUGGAUGGUGGGGUGGGGACCGUGUGGGGCAGGGAAGAAAGACGCUGUGGCAAGAAGGCCCUGCUGGUGACGCUUGGCCCUGUGUCAGCAUCAGGCCUUGUGGGGAGAGGAGUUCUGCGCAGACACACAUGAAGCUGAAAGCUCAUGAGUGCAACCUUUGGCACACAGGCUGCUUGUGUAAUGUCAAAUUACUGCCAGUCUCCUGUGUCCCUAGUGACUUCCAGCCCCAGGGUUGCACCCUGCACUGCCUUCUUUUAGCCCCACACAUGCAAUCAACUCUGGGGUAGAGGGCAUCAGCCAUUUCACAGCCCACAGCACCACAAGGAAAGCCUGUGCAUGGCAGGACCACCUCUAGGGUGAGAGGAGAGUUCAGUCUCCAGGGUCCCCCGGUGGAGCCUGCCAGGGGCUGAGUGCAGCUUGUGCAUUUGCCUCUGGCAUUCCCUGGAACCACCAGCCCCCCAAUCGCUGUCUGAGCAGAGUGCUGUGGGCAUGGCUGCCCAGCGCAUGGAGCCGUCCUGCUGCAGCCCUUUCUCCUCGGCUCUGUGCUGUGCAUCCUCCAAGCUACAGUGAGUGCAAAGUCUAGCACUGGCUCCUGCUUUCCUGACUGCAGGGGGGCUAUCACCUGACUUAACGGGGAGGGAGUCAGGGAAGGCUGGGCCAGGCAUGGGUUGGAGAGCAGCAGCCAGGGAACCGGAGAGUAGCUGGAUUUGGAAUGGAGGUGAAAAGUGAUGGGCUGCUCUCCCUGGCCACUGGGCAGCCAGUCCCCCUCUACCCUGGCUCUGCUGCCUAAUCGGGGGACUGGCUGGCUGGAUUUCUGUGGCUAAUUCCUUGGCCAUGUGCUGUGAAUAUGUUCCCUGAUGGGAUGAGGCUGCUGGCGAUUAUGAGGUGGAAGUUAGGUGUCCAGAAGUGCUGAUUCAGCUGCAGUGGGCCAGUGGGUGCUCACAGGAUCAGCACACAGGUGGCCUGGGGAAGGCUGGCAGUGCAGCUUAGGAGGGGGCCUGGGAGACUUGUGCAUCCCCAGAGCCAUGGGCUUAGUCUCUUGGAAGCCUUAGAGCCAUUCCCACCUGCCCAUCAGGAGAGCUUGGUGCCCUCUCUGGCUCUGAGCACCCCCCAGGCCUCAGCCUCGCAGGGACUGUUCUCCCUUUGUGCUGUGAGCCUGGGCCGAGGCCCAUGUUAGUCCUGAAUUCACUGCUGCCUCCGUGUGCUAUGCUCAAGCCCCCCGCUCUCUGGAUCUCCCUGGGCCAGCUGCAGGGGGUCCUGGAUUGAGGUUGCCCAAAGCCCCAGUCUCCUCCCUCUGGGGCUUGGGCUGGUUUAUUGUGCCUCCCACAUGCCCUGGCUCCUUGUUCCCUCUGCCCCAGUGCUGGGCCACUGCCCUGCGCCGAUACCACCGAGCACUGAGGCCUGGAGCCCCAUUGUGAGUCCUUGCUGUGCUGGAGGCCUCCCCCAGGCCCUGCUCCAGCCAACCUCCCACACAGCAUCUGGGGCCUGGCCCCUCCACACCUGGGCCUUUCCCCUGGAGAUGAGUGGGCUGUGCUCCAGCACCCCUGCCGUGGGCACUGCACAGCCCAACGUGCCUGCUUAACCCAGGCAAGGGGCUCCAGCGCUGCUCCACUAGGCCCCUCUAACCUGGGGUUAGGAACAGCCAGUGGGAGUCACUCCAAGGGGAGUCUUUGCCCCCCAUGCCAGGGUCUAGGCUCUCUCUGGGGGAUCCCUCCUGCCACUCUCCUCAUGUUGCAUGGCCCCCACCUCAAGGCAGAGAGGCUUUAGCCCCCCUGUAGCCUAGUUCCAGCUGCAUUGCAAGGUAUUUUGAAGCACUUCAGGGCCCGUGUAUGCACAGAGGUUGGUGUGAGCGCCAGGCCCACCCCAUCGCAGCAUCUGGGUACCCACAGGGCUUGGGGUAAGCACCAGGCUCCCCCAUCCUGGGGCCCAAGUACACGGGAGGUCACCAUGAGCACCAGGCACUCCUGGCCAGGGCACC